AUGUUCCUAGGUGAAAAAGAGCAGGAGAUGGGCGACACGGAACGGGAUAACGCCACUUUCACCCAGGUAUUCACACGAUUGGCCGGAAGUGCUGAGGCAACAGUGGAUAGGGACGGCCUAUUCGACGCGCUGUGCUGCGCGGGCAAGACGCCGACCCAAUGGGACGAGCUGUGCCCACGGCGUGACUCAGCUGUGUUCAACCUCGAAGACGCGCUCCUUUUCUACCAACAUUGCCCACAGCCCGACCCCCCUCUGAUUGAAGUCGCCCACAUCCCGAUACCCACAGCCAUCGUCACGCAAAAGGUGCAUACGGCGUUUGGCAUCAGCGAUCAGCGCCAAGAGGAGCUGCUGGAUCUACUCUACGCCUACGACCGCGAUGGGCUAUUCGAUCUGGCCAAGGUAUAUGACUUCAUCAAAUUCUGCGACGACAUGGCGGCGACAAAAGACGACGUCCUGAAGAAGCUGCUCAGCAAAAAAGUCGAAUCCCCGGCCGGCAACAAAUCGACGCCGCCAAGCACGCAAUUGGUUUCGUCGGUGGUUCGGCGGGGUUUCGUCAUCAUCUCACGAGACAUCCGCUUUACGGCCUUCCGCUUUCUGCUUGCGCAACCGCAAAAACUCGUCGUGACACUGGGCAUAAUCAGAAAUAAUGAUAUGGACGACAAGAUUUUCCUCGACGACAUCUUCUGCGUCGUUUCCGAUGCGAACACGGAAACGCCGGUGGCUAUCAGUCUUCACAAGGAUCAACAAAAGAAUUACACCACCGGUGAAUUGGAGCUCCCAGCCGGCGAAUAUUCCAUCGUCGUGAUGUGCGGCGGUGUCACCCUGGAGCGCGUUAAGCCAUCCGGCGAAGGCGGCGAGCAGCUGAUCGGAGAAAACAAAAAGCUCACCAAGCGAUUCAAGAUGACACUAAUGAACAUGUUCGAGAUGUUCGACUGGGAUAUGGAUGGGCUGCUGAACCGGAAGGAAUUUGACGCCUUCACCGCGGCCAGUGGCGACGACCCAAUGAGCGAUGAAGAUUGGCAAGUCCUUAGUGAGCAUUUCUCAAUACGCGAUGGCUGCGUCCCAAUGAGCACUUUCCUGCAGAUGCACCAAAUCGAGGCCGACAGUUGUGAAGAUGGCACCGGCGAUUUUGCCGACAUGUGGACAUCCCUGCAUCUAGUUGGCUACGAUGAUCAUUUUCAACUGAGAAAGGCAUGUCCUAUUCGCCUGGAGAUCACUUCACAAACACCGGUGACCCUCGACGAAGACUUUCGGAUUUGCUCAAAGUGGGAAGAACGAGGAUACGUAACCGAGUAUUUCUAUCGACAUGGUGUUGAUCAAAACGCACCACUACCCACGAAACUUUUCAUGGGAGAAUACUUCGGCGUGCUCGUCACCAAUACAGAGGGAGCCCAAGCAUCAGACGUGUAUGCACUAAAGAUCAAGGGGACCGACGGGGUGGAGAUGCGGCUGGCAGUCGACCCACAAUGCUUCAAGCCCACUGAAUAUCACGGUCAAUUUGUUAGCCUCGCCUUCUUUUCGUCCAGCGCGCCUAAUUGGGAUGUCGAGCUUGCCAUGAUCAAGAUGCCA